GAGAAACCCUUCCGCAUAGUUCCAGUUUGUCCACCUCAGCUCUCAGCCAGGUUGUCCGCACUUAGUUUGCAAACAAAAUGGCCAAAUUAAAAGACAAAAGACGAGAGAAAGUCAGUGUCGCCACCGAGAUUGACCGUUUGGAGGAGAGGAGGACGCGUUGCCAAGACAACCUGGAGAGGGCAGAGUUCAGGAGCAGGAAAGAGGAGCUCUCUGAUAAGGACAGGCAGCAGCUGGAAGAUGAAAUGACGAUCAUGAAUGAGAGGGUGCAAAAGUUAGGCAAGGAGCUGGAGACGCUGAGAGGAGAGAAUCGGAAGAACAUGAUGCUGUCGGUCGCUCUGCUCGUUAUCAGCGCUCUCUUCUACUAUGUCUUUUUCUACAACGAAGAGGACUCGUGAUGACCCGUGGCAUCUUAAAGGAAGCCUCAACCUGAGAUUAAACAUGAGGCCCGGGACGGUGCACAGUGGGAUUGAAAUACAUGGGAAAGCUUUAAGAGCCCUGUUGAUGAAAUACCUCAGACCUGCCUCUAGAUGGCGUCAUUGUCAUUUUCUUGAUCUCCCCUUAUGGUCACACUGGGUUUGUCCUGCACGGUCAGAGCCCCACUAUGGCUUAUUGGACUGCAGAGUUGGUGUUGUAAGCAUGUUUGGACCUUAAUUAUGGCUUUUACUUCAUUUCUUUAUUGAAAACUCUGUCCGCAUAUGUCUCUGUACGCUUUUUGCAAAUGUCAAUGCAAGAGUGUGUUUCAUUUUGUCAUUACACAGGCUUAUGUGAGUAGGCUGCAGUCUUGUCUUGUCUGAACAGCACUGGAUUUGGAGAGUUUGUGAUAUACUAAACUAUCAGGUAACAAAAUUGAAUAUGCAUCAGUGCAUGUUGACCUGUCCUGAUAAUCCCAACCCAUAUGCUGGUUAUGUAAACUACUGCAGGUGACGCAGGAUGGUAUUUUGUAAGACAUGAGUGUGCAUCUUGUGUCUUUUCUCCAGCUUGUACGCAGUCCCCGUCUUUAUUUUUAUUGCUGUGUAAAGUCUUGAUGACAUUCAUAACGCAUAAGAAUAUAUACAAGAGUUUUUCCGCUAAAUAACCAAAUUUAAUGUUUGCCUUACGCCACAAACAAACCGAUGUAUUAUUGCUGUAUUUUAUGCAGUGUAUUAAGAGUAUUGUAUUGUAAGAGAAGCUUCAAAUGGUGCCAAUCAAGUCUGCUUUUGUCUUUUUAGUCACAUAUGAAUACGUGUGUGUGAUAAUGCAUGAUACACAUAUGAAAUUAAAUGGAUGGAAAUA